CGUUUGCAAAGUGCAUUGAAAAUUAGAUUGAAUUUUCUUAUUUUAUUCAAAUUGUGCAUUGAGUAGCACACAGAGAGUAAUUUUUAAAAUAAAACAUUUAAGCCGACCUGAAAAUAAAAUCGUGUAUUCAACUCGAAUCAUUCAAACCCAUUCAAAAUGGGUUCAUCCCAAGCGGAUGUGAUGCUGGAAAAUCUGAUCGUGCAAAUCGUUUUGCCACGUUACUUUCCACCGGAAAGAUCACCAAAUUUCGUUGCAGAAGAAUUGGAACUGAUGAAACGAAUGCUACAAAAUGUUGAAAGUCUUUCCGAUUAUGUGCCGAUUAAUACCGUGGAAAUGUUGCGUUGCUUAGCUGACGUUCAUCUGAAAUUGGAUCCAACUAUUAUCAGAAAUAAAAUCAAUUUUUUGCAACCGGGUGAAACGUUUGCAAUGUUUGUUAGAGCACAAAAUUGUGGUCUUUUGAUUCACAUGCUGCCCGAAGCACCAGCCGAUUCAGAGGACAUUAUCGUUGCAACAUUUCCAGCAAAAGUUCAUCCAAGAGAAGUUUAUAACAAUCCAAGUGAUUUGGAGUUUAACUAUCCAUCCGAAGCGAUCAAAGUGAAAAAUUCCAAUAUACUACGAUCAAAAGAAUUUGCCGAUAUGCUGUUGUAUCUUUACGAAAAUAAAUUGGUUGAUAGUCACAUUCGUGACUACGUGUCAAAGUGGUUGGCUACGUUACUUAUGAAUGAAUCAUCAUCAUUGAAUGUUACCCCGUCGAAUUUUCCAGUAAUCAAGAAGAAAAUUCGUGAUGAAAUUCUUGAGACAAACACCGAAUAUGUGCGUCGUUCGAGUUUUUACAUGUGCGUAAAGGUGAUGCUACAACACAGUCUCACUUGUCAACUGGGCGAAGCAUCUGGAAAAUUACUUUACAAAAUUAUUAUGCUGAAAUUUAUAACUGAUCAAUGUGAUCAUUUCAAUCAGCCAUGGCAAAAAGAGCUCAAUGUUGAAUUGGUGGCACAAGUGUUGGCCAAAUUGGCACGUCGCGUCGAAAAAUUACCCACCAUUGGUAAAUGCGAACUUUUUUUUACCGAAUUGAAAGAUCGUAUCAAGCUUCAAGCUUGUUCAGUUAUACAUGAAACGAGAUUAAAAAUCGAUAAAUCGAUUGAAAAUUUGCAAAUUGCUGACGAAAAGCGAUCAAAACUAUCGCCACUGGUUGAUCUGAACUUUGAAGCAGAUGUUAUUCAGAGAGUUUCCAAGUUGCAUCGCUAUUUGAAAGACCGUUCCAUGGGAUUCAUGCAAAAUGGCCACAACGAUACGAUUAAUGUAAAAACAUACAAGAGAUAUUACACGGACCAAGGCGAUCCCAUAGAACGGCUCAAGUAUGAGAAAAGAACCAUCGAUGAAGUCGAAAAUAAUCUCUUCAUUAGCGACUUUGAAAAUUAUGUUCUAUACAAAAUAAAUGUCAAUCAAUCGAAUUUACAACCAAACACCCUCAGAGCGUCUUGUAAAGCGUACAUUGAGUAUUCGGAAACAUUCUACAAAAACGAUCCACUUGGCUACAGCAAAAUGAUAUUGGUUUCAUUAAAAAUUAUUGCAAUUCUUGAUAAAAUUGCGACUACAACUUAUCCGCUACUCUUGGAGCAUUCCAGUGGUAUAAAUCCGAAAAUUGUCAAUUAUUUGUUGCUGCCAAAAUGCAUCGAUAUGCAAAUUGCAUAUGAAUUGGAAAUAUAUUUUCUUCGACGAAACAAAGUGGCCACAUAUCCCAGUUUAAUUGAAGAGACUCAAGUGACCGAACGAUCAUUUUCGGCUAAAUUUGGUGGCAAAGAUCCACAAAUGAGGAAUUUUUUGUCCAAAAUCAAAUUUAUUGAUGAUCACAACAUCAUAAGAAAGCAACAGGAAUGGUUAGAAGGCCGAGAAAAAGUUGAGAAUUUGCGAAUCGAAACGGUUGACCAUUUGCAUGAGUACAAUAUUGUCAUCCAUCAUGAAAAGAAACAUAAUUUGAAAUGUGAAUUGUGUAUCAUAAUGAAAAAAAUUGAAAAGAGGAAAAAAAUGCACGAAAAUGUGCAUGAUCUUAAAGUUGAAGCAGCCAAAUUAUCACAUCAAUUCAAUACAAUCGAUUAUGAGGUGGAAAAACACAGUUAUCAAUGCACACUGUGUUACUUGAAUAGACAAAUAAAAAAAACAAAAAUUGAUGUUUAUGAACGUCUACUGCCUGAAAAAUCAUAUGAACAGAAUGCUGUCGUUUUUGAGCUCAAUAUUCCAGAUGGAGUGGCUUGUCUGCGCGAUACGUUAUACGCCUUUAUCAAAUGUGUCACUGGUCGAUCCGGUAAUUACAUAAAUUCUCUAGUAGAUUGGAAGGAUCAUCGAUUUGAUGAUCUCUUGAAUAAUAACAUGCAGAACAACGAUAUUACGAUUGGCAGCUCAACACAAACACCAAACGUCAAAUUGCACGUUGAUGAGGAUUUUGAGCGAUUUGUUGUUCACAAUGGAUUCAAUUGUAUUUAUCAUUCGUCAAAAAAAGAAAUGAUAACCGAAUUUACGGACAGUUUAAUUAAAAACAGAUGCACAUUGUCGGUCGAAAAUGAUAGCAAAUACAAGUAUUUGCAAUGGGCCGUGAGAGGAACGUCGCACACCAUGAAUGAAGUAUUAGCUCGCCAAGCCAAUUGUGUUCAAGACCUGUCCAUAGCUGAGUUUAAAAAUUUCGGUUCAUUGCGUGCCGAUGGGAAUCGUUUACAAUGGCGUAAACUUUACGCAAUGAUCGAAAGUGAAGCAUUAUCGUUUGAAAAUUCAUCAGUUUUGUCACUGGUGAUGCAAUCAAUUUGGGAAAUGGGUGUCGGUGGAGAUGUUGGUGCAAUUCGAGAAUCUCAUGAAGACCUUAAGUGUAUCAAUUUUUCCGGUGCUAUCAUAAGAUUACUCGAAAAAUAUAUCGAACAGCAGAAAAAUAAUUGGGCACAUCCGUUGAAGCUGUUGAUGAUUGCAUUGAUUGCAGUUCGUGUCUUUGAAAUCAAUGAAAAUGAAGAGUUUGCAAUUAAAAUUGCAACACUAUUGAAUAAACUACGAAUGAUUGCUAUGGAUUGGAUGGAAAAAAGUCAAAAAGCGAUUCAAGAUAUUCAAAGUCCAGAUCAAUCAAAUCAAAAUGAACUACGCAUGAAAUUGGUGUUCGUUGCGAUUGCCGGUGCUUGUACGUUCAACGUUCAUCCAGAACACACUCAUUUCUAUAAAAUAUUUGCGGGAAAUCUGGCCAAUGGAUGCACAGCCCUUCGAAUGUGGCUACAAUUCAUCGUUACGUUAAACAACAGUAUCAUCUUGAAGCAACAACAAAAUGAACAAAAUCUUCGCAUGUUACUGCGAUUAGUUCGAAAUAUUGGAAUCAAUAUUGAGCCAACUUUACGCAUACUAAUCAAACAAAACCUGAACGAUGUUUACAGUUUUGUGCAGAAAAUGUGGUCACGAUCAAAACGUGGUCAGUUUAUUGAUUUUGAUUUUGAUUUAGAUUGCCGACAAAUAUUAAAGAUCAAGGUUAUCGUGAAUUCAGUUAUAAAAAAUGUAACUAUUGAUAUAAUAACCGGUGAACUGUUGGUGAACAACUUUCCAAUUUGUCGAUUACCAGACGUAAUCAUUCAAAGUAAAUUAUUUAAAAGCGUGUUUGAGAAAUUCGUAUUCGAGGUGCAACCAGAUACGGAAAAUUGUUUUGCCUCCAUUCAUAAAUACAAUGGCCAUCGUUAUGAAUUCAUGCAAACAAUAAACGGGCCCAUUAUUAUCGAACAGCAAGAAAAUGGUACGGAAAUGGAAUUGUUACCACCUGAAACAUUGACGGGAGAUAUAACACCACUGCUCAUUGAAAAAUAUAGCCAUUGGUUCAAUAAACGUGACAAAAAAAUUGAAUUCCGUCCAAAAUUGUUCAGCAACCGAAAUUUUUCAACCGAAAUAAAAUAUGAAUUGGAUUUGAAAACAAAUCGAUUAAUCCACAAGCAAACCAAUCGAAUGAUGUUGGACAUCACGAGCAACAGUUAUCGGAACAUUGUCAGACAACUAGACCGUUUGGAACAGCCCAAAUACAUUCAUGUUUUAAUGGACGAGCCGAAAAUUGCCAAAAUUGAAUUAGUGCGAAUGCAAUUGAAAUUCAAAGUGGAUUGUACAAUACAUCGCCCCAAAGGGUAUGAUUUGUUAUCGAACGAGUUUAGCAGUAUGCGUGUUUCGCUCAAUCAAAAAUGUGGGACAUUGUAUGGCUUGGAAAAUGGAUUGCUGUUGGAGGCGGCUGAAAAAAGUUUACUACGAACAAAACUUUUGCUUUUGCCUCAUGGCAAGGUUCGUGCAAGUCGACUUGGUUCACACGUUACUGUUAAUAUCGAUGUAGAUUUGAAGCUUCGUACGCCACCAUGGCAUUCAUAUCAAGUGGAUGAUGUUUGUCGUCAACUGAAACCAACGAGUGGUACUACCUCAGCAUGGUUUUACCUUGCUUACUUGCACGCGGUCACUUCACACGGUCAAAUGGAACCAUUCAUGAAAAUGUCGGGCACCGAACGUGCGCUGCAAAUAUUACAAUCCAAUUACGUGUGGUCGUCUGGUCCAUAUGAUCAAGAGACAAUACAAAUGCUUCAUGAGUUUGAAAGGUUGACUCCACGUCGUCGAAUUAAUGCCGGUAUGUUGAGCGUUGCAUGGCCGUUAUUCAUACAACCACAUUCGGCUCAAGACAGUUACAUUUUUAUUGUAAAAAAAUUAUUGAGCGAUAGCGAACGCCUAAAAGGCUUGUAUUCUGAUGACAAUUCUGAAAUCAAAAACAAUCAUCUCAUUGCGGACACUAACUUGGAGUUGAAUAUUCGCAAUUAUCUUCGUUAUUUGCCAUUGAAACCGAAUUUGCGUAUUUCACAUGAAUAUAUCGCCGAAUUUACGGAGGGCGAAGAGUCAAAUACAUCUCUUCCAAUAAUAUCGGAUACGAAUUUCUCGCCAAACACACAAACGGUAGCCAUUUUGUGCAACAAUCACCAAUAUUAUGUUCCGACGGACUUGAAAGCAAGUCUGAAGAAAUUUUUGAUAACAGAUCAUUCGCAGUUACCUGGAGCGAAUCACAUUGAGAAUGUCGUAAACAUUUUAAGUAACAUUCAACAAUUGCGCAACAACCCGACAAUGUUGCGUGAACAAUGGAUUUCCUUUUACGAAGUGGCCAGAAGCAGUACAUUGCUGAAUGUGAAACAAUUUGCACUAAUUUGGACUCUAUUGGCGCAUCAUGAGAAUAACAUCGAUGCCAUCCUUGCUCUGCAAGCCGUUGCGACGAAUCGAUACGCUUUCAAAGACAUCAAUUCACCGGAUGCUAAGAUUUUUUUCUUGGACGAAGGAACGUACAGUGAAACUGAUAUAUCCACAAUUUUAUAUAAUUUUCAUGAACGGCCAAUUAAGUAUCGUGGUGGUGUUUGGUCAGCUGAAAAACGUAAAGAAUAUGAUGAUAUAAUUGAAAAUAACAUAUUGUGUUUAAAGGAAACUAUUACCGAAAAAUGGCCAUGUCCUUCGUUUCCAUUGUUUGACUAUCCACACUAUACUCAUGACAUAAAUAUCGUAAAAGCAAGUGAAAAAAUCAACUCAUUGCUGUCAAAAUGGUAUUACAAUCACCAACUUGAUCGCUUCAUUGAUCAAGUAGUGGAAAAAUUGAAUUCAUUGCCAGCAUCCACGUUUAUUUGUUGCCCGAAAAUUCAUUCAAACACCAAGCUGCCGGCAAAAAAUUGGUCAAGAUACAAAAUCGAUUGGACCGCAAAGUUGAGCCAAACUUUAGAUUGUCAUAAAAAGCUGAUAGAUGAAGCUCGGAUUAUUUGGGAAUCCGGACAGAACGACUCAACUAAAUCAGCAGCUGAAUGGUGGACUAUUUACAAUCAGAUUGUAUCGAAGAAUUCACAACAUUUGGUUGAUGGUGACAUAUUUCCGCGAUCAAUUCCAACAAAGAUCUUGCCCAAAUUAAUUUCGAAUGAGAUCGAUCAUCGACUAAAAUGGCUUAUCGGUGCAUGGGCCAUUUCAAUUGCCAGUGAACAGCGUUUUAAUCGCAUUUCAACGUAUUGGCAGCAGUCACAACAAGAGCCGACAUUAGAAAGAGAAAUUGACAAUACACCGUAUGAAAAUUGGAAACCGAGUGACUAUCCUGAGUGGUUGUUGUUUGAAAUUGAGCAAAACUUAACGAUUCGUCGAAUCCAAAUUGAAAUUGCCCGACGUAUGAUUGACGACAGUCCUUCCGAUAAGAAUUUUAAACAUUUUACCAUGCAAUUUAAUAUGGGGGAAGGAAAGACGGCCGUCGUCGUCCCAAUUUUGGCUUCGAUUUUGGCCAAUGGACAACAAGCAUGCCAAAUAACUGUACUGAAGUCGUUGUUCGCAACUAAUUUGAAGAGUUUACGUCAAUACCUUGGAGGUAUGCUGAAUCGUCGAAUUUAUGUGUUUCCGUGCAGACGAGAUUUACCGAUAAAUAAAUACGUCACACAAAUACACAACAUGUAUAAGGAAUGCAUGCAGAACAAAGGUGUCAUUCUCACACUGCCUGAAUAUCGAUUAUCGUUUCAACUGAAAAUCUAUGAAUCGGUGGCAAAACAUGAUCUUGAAUCGGCUCAGCGAUUUCUUGACGUUCAUCAGUGGAUCAAUGAAAAUGUGAGAAAUAUUUUAGACGAAUCCGAUGCCAUUCUGCAUGCCAAAUAUCAGCUUAUUUACACAGUUGGAAAUCAACGGUCUAUCGAUGGUGGUUCGCAACGAUGGUUUGUCAUUCAAGCACUUUUGAAACGUAUACCAUCGCUCAUGAGCGCAAUUUACCAUGAACGCGGCGAAAAGUAUGUGGAAUUUAAUGUAAAUUACGUUAGAAAUGGAAAUGUUUAUGGAGCUGGAAAAGUAAAUUAUCGCAAUGAUGUAUUUACGCCGAGUCGCAUUUUGGACGAAACAAUGUUUGCGGUGCUCAAAAAAGCACUCAUCGAAGAUUUUUUAAGCGGUAAAACUGAAAUCACCUUUCCCGAAAUCACUGCAUCGGCCAAGAAUCGGCUUCGAAUCUUACUUGGCGAAAGAGAAAUCGAUAAAAAGACAUUUGAAGGAACGCUAAGAGAUUUGGAUGCGACCGAACGGAAAACAGUAUUGAUUUUGAGCGGGUUAUUGCGUUUUGAGGUGCUAAAACUUAUUUUAACCAAACGUUGGCGCGUCAAUUAUGGUGUGAACGAAAAAGGUUCACGAAAAAUGGCGAUUCCAUUCAAAGCCAAAGACGUAGCGGCCGAAUGCACCGAAUUCGGCCAUCCCGAUGUUGCGAUUUGUCUCACACAGCUGAGCUACUAUUAUUCAGGUCUUUCCGACGAGCAGCUAAUGCAAACGUUUCAAAUAUUGGCAAAAACAAGAAAUGCACCUGCUAUAUAUUCCAAAUGGAUCGGUAGCAUUGAUCCAUUGUUGAUAGAUCCAACAAUUCAAUCAUAUUUUGGCAUCAAUUUAAUAGAUACAUUCCAACGUGAUAAGAUCCUAUUUCCGUUAUUUCGCUUUAACAUGCAUAUCAUUGAUUUUUGGUUGUCAAACGUGGUAUUUUUGCACGAAGCAAAAUCAUUCGAGCGCAAGUUGAUGUGUAAUGCAUGGGAUUUAACGAGCGAACAUAUGAAACAUUCAGUACGAGGAUUUUCAGGUACGAACGACACAAAAGACAUUCUACCCUUGCCGGUAACUCAGAAUGAUCUCAGCGAAUUGGAAAAUACAAACGAAAGUGUUCGUCAAACAUUGUUACAACCGGAAAAUCAAAAAUACGAAAAUCUUCCAUCAAAUGUAAGCGCAAAGGAGAUACUUAAAAAUCUGGUUGCCUCCAAAAUUCCGGUGCUUGUUGAUUCAGGUGCAUUGAUGUUGGAACUCAAUAACAAGCAAGUGGCUAUUGAAUGGUUGAAAUUGGUUUCUGAUCCCGUCUAUGAAGCGGCCAUUUAUUUUGAUGAAAAAGAUGUUUUACAAACGAUAGACCGUAAUGCUGUGGUAACUGAGCUCGAUUGCUCUGUGUACCGAGAUAACUUGGACAGAUGUUUGGUUUAUUUGGAUGAUAGCCAUACGAGAGGAACUGAUUUGAAAUUUCCAUUGGACUGGAAGGCGUGUGUAACACUUUCUGGUGACAUAACUCGCGAUAAAACCGUGCAGGCAUGUAUGAGAAUGCGUCAAUUGGGAAAGCGUCAUUCGAUUGCAUUUUGGGCAUCAUUCGAAGCCGAUCUUCGAAUUCGUGACAUAUGCAAGCUGUCACCACAAGACCAAGUCACAAACGAAAAUGUGGUUGAGUUCAUUCGAGAUAAUAGCCGUAAAUUUGAAGUCGAAAACACCGUUCAUUGGGUGUCUGCCGCACAUAAUUACACAAAGAAAUUGGCCGCCCAUAAACUGUACGAAAAGUCAACGGAAGAGCUUGCAAUGCGAAACAUGUACAAGAAGUGCGUUGACAAGGAAUUUGUAACGCUUAAAGAAAUGUACGGCGAUCGAGAAGAUGCUCUCUUGAGCGAUAUUUCGAAAAGUAAUUUCGAAAAAUUGAGCAAAAUGUAUGAAGAUCAUCAAAGAGUUGUUCGAUUUAUACAAAAAAUUGAUAAUGGUGUCACAGAAAAAUUAUCCAAAUUGAACACAACGAUAAAACGAUUUGCGCACAGUCUUGACGAGGAACAAGAAAAAGAAUUGGAAUUAGAGCACGAAGUGGAAGAGUUUCAACAAAUUGAGCGACCACCAAAAGUGGAUCCGUGCAACCCGAUUUUUGAUGGAAGACUCAUACAUUUGGUUCGUGACGGUUUGGUUCCACAGAUUUUCAAAGAUUUGAAAAGUACAAAAACACUUCUGCCAUUGAGCUCUGUACUCUCCGGAACGAAAAUCUUCAAGGCAUACAAAAAUGUUAAAUCACCAUGGGUCAACUAUUUAUACGCAACCAAGGAUUUUUCCCGAGUUAUAAAGGGUAGCAAAACUAUGUAUGAUGAAUUCCUACGUCCAGUUUGGUGGAUUGCCCACAUUUGUGACGACCAUGGCGAUGCUUAUAUUUUGGUGCUAUUGAGUUGCAAUGAAGUCAAUCGUUUGUUGCCAUAUUUUCGUCAAAGUAGCAGAUCCACUCUUUUCAUGUUUCGGCCCCAACUGAGCAAGUUGCAUAGUGAUUUAUUGCGCGAAAGUGAUUUACGUGUGACUGGCGCCGACAACCAUUUCGUCAACAUGAACGUGAGAGACAUAGCGCAAAUCAAAAUGUUUUCUGGCUGCAUGUACUUCAAUGACGAACAAGAACAAAAUGCAUACUGCAACUUCCUCGGCUUGAUACCACGACCGCGUAGCAGUGAACAAGAAAUUGCUUUCGAGAAUGGAUUUAUCAGACCCAAUGGGUUUGUUCCGUUGGAACAUCGUCAACAUUCAAAGAUCGCAAAAUCGGUCAACCGCUGCAAAUUCAAAACGAACCCAAUUGAUUUGGCGAUAAAACUCAUUGAAGCCCACCAUGAUAUUCUACACAAAGAAUCGCACGUUGCUGCCAUUUUGGAACGAGGAGUAAAAUUGAUUGGCCAGUGAAGCAAAAUCAACGAUGUUCAAAACGGAAAAUCAUCAAUUCUCCAAAACAACACAAUUUUUUUCUUCAACUUUUACAGUUUUCCCGUAUUUUAAUCAUUAGUAGAAUCAUUUUUAUUUGCAACGUAAUGCUGCAUUUUUAUGAAAUCAAAUUCAAAAUUAUU